AUGGACUCUGCCACACCGGCCGACCUGUUCAAGACCGUCACGGCUGUCAAGGACCUCAACCCCAAGAUCGAGGUCUGGCUUAGUGUUGGCGGUUGGACGUUCUCGGACAACAACACCGUCACUCAGCCCCUAUUGGGAGAGAUUUCCAGGUCAUCCGAGAAGCGAAAGCAAUUCGCCAACAACGUGGUAACUUUCCUGGAGCAAUAUGGGUUCGAUGGUGUUGAUAUUGACUGGGAGUACCCAGGAGCGCCAGAUCGCGGCGGCAAAGAAGACGACACCAAGAACUUUGUUUCACUCUUCAAGACACUUCGAGAGACGUUUGACGCAAGUGGCCGUCAUGUCGGCCUAACAUUCACCAUCCCUUCUUCAUAUUGGUACCUCAAGUGGUUCGAUGUGCCUGGCCUGUUGAAAUACGCCGACUGGACCAAUCUGAUGUCCUACGACCUCCAUGGUGUCUGGGAUAGCAAUAAUCCAAUCGGCAGUAUCGUACAGGGCCAUACCAACUUGACCGAGAUCAAGAGAGCUGCAGAGCUGCUUUGGAGGAAUGACAUUGCACCAGACCAGGUUGCUUUGGGAUUCGGCUUCUACGGGAGAGCUUUCACACUCCAAGACCCGGCAUGCACCCAACCAGGAUGCCCCUUUUCCGGGGGAGCCAACAAGGGUUCUUGUACUGCUACCAGCGGUUACCUCAGUCACUACGAGAUCAAGGACAUCCUCGAUAAGAACCCUGGAAUCAAACCUGUAUGGGACAAGGAGGCGGCGGUGAAGUAUUUCUCAUGGGAUUCGAACCAGUGGAUUUCCUACGACGACACCGACACCUACAAGCAGAAAGUCACUUGGGCCAAUGAAGUGGGCUUCUCAGGAUCCCUCAUUUGGGCAUCCGACCUGGAUGACUACGAGUACACCGCACAUUCUGGGCUGCUGGGUCGCAAGGUUCCAAGCAACGCAGCGAUAGUAAACGACACUGAAAGCGCAGCCUCCACCGAAAGUCUCAAGAGGUUACCCCAGUUUGAAGGUGACUUUACUAAGCUAUGUCGAAUUGCCGACUCCUGCGUGGACAUUGGCCAGAACAGCAACGGAUGGUGCAAGACAGACGAGAACCCAGUCGGCUGGGACGAAGCCAAGUGCGACGGCGGCAAAGCGCGUGCCAUCUGCUGCAAAUCCUCGAACAUCGAGUACAAGUGCCAAUGGCGCGGCGGUGGUGCGGACUGCAACGGCCAGUGCCACGCAGGCGAGAUCAACCUGUUCCCCGACGAGCAUUCGAAGCCGGGAGGGGGUUUCGAAACGGAAGACGAUAGUUCGUGCAACCGCGGCUGGAAGGUGUUCUGCUGCGAGUCGCCGGACUGGAGCCCGUUGACUAAGAAUUGCUAUUGGAGCGGCUGCGGCGAAGAAUGCAAGUCGGGCGAGCAGGAUGUUGCUUACGCCGCAGACCUUGAAGGCAAGUGCCGGCCGUGGUCGUACGGUAACCACUAUUGCUGCAAGACGGACUUCAAGCCCUUCAACGAAUGCCACUGGGUUGGCAAAGGUGACUGUGCCGACAACACCUGCGCUGGAAAUGAGGUCACACUUGCGACGAAUCCUCAGGGAGACAGCUGGGUAUCAUGCAGUUGGUGGAGGAAGAAGUCGUUGUGCUGCUCUCCAACAUCGCUCGCCGACGCCGACUGUUCCGACGUUGAUCUCUGCAGCGUUGAACCAUGGUUAUGUGAGAGCGAGGGGGAUGACGGCGAAGAUGAUGACGACGAUGCCACAGCAGACCUACUCAGCCUGCGCUCGAUACCCGGCGAGGACGAGGAUGGCUACUGUGACAAAGAAGACUUUCUCGACUGGGUCUCGACACCGGGCGAGGAUGAAUAUCACCACGUUGAAAAGCGCAGUCGUGAGUACAAAGUCAACAUCUGGUAUCGAGCUGGAAAGCUGCAAUUUCCAAAGGCGGUGGUUAUCGCAAAGCCAGCAGUGUGUUACGCAACGGAUUUGGCUCUACGAGCGCCAAAGGCCAUUAUUGACACGGUCCAAUCGGAUCAUGUCGUUGACCUGCAGUAUGCUCGGGCCAUGCUGAGAGGGUGGCUCGAAGCUAUCCUUCCCGAUGGGACAGCGGUCAAGGACUACUUGGUCGAUCUCGAUUCCAACAAACUGAUCCUUGACAACUGGAACUCCUACGCCUUGCCGGCCAGCCUUGGCACCAUAGGCAUGAGCAAUAAGAUUUGGCUCACAGCAGAGAAGCGCUUCGGAGAUACUAUGGGCUCGGUGCUGAACCCAAAACCGCUUGUGCUUCUCUUUUCCACUCUGAAUGGUUUGAAAGGCCGUAUUUUUGGCUCUGGCGGAAACUUGGCUGGACUGAGAGACGGAAUGUUUUCGGCUCCCAUCCUCUAUAAAAACGCCUACAAACUGGCAGAAAAGGCACUUCAGGAUCCCAAGAUAGCGAAGGAGCUCAUCACCACAAUGCGGAAUACCAUCGUUGUCUGGAAGUAUAUAAACAGAGCCGAUAUCACGGCGCUGAUCAACGGAGUCAGACUUGCGAACUACGCCGAGGUCGGAAACUUCCAGACGUACUUGCCAGGUGCGAGAUCGUCAUGGCAAGAUGUUUGGCGCCAGGUCGACUACACGUACUACGAUUUCGCGGCCAGGGAGUCCAAGGAUUGGAUCAUCAACAUCGCUGAUGCGAUGAUGUACAGAUUUUCCCAUGCGGCGGUUCAACCGGAUCAUGCUGCUUGGGUGAUAAACAGCCUGCGGUCCAUAUACACUGCAGCGGAAGAAGUUGUUGUGCCGAACCUCAUUUCUCCCAAAUGA